UCCAAUAAAAACCUCAUCAGUUACCAACUAAAUCAGGACAUGGUGUUUUUUGUUGUUUUCUUUUUAAAGCAUAGUUUUAGUAAUAUGUUUACUAAAAACCUUAGACAUUAUGAAAAAAGUCAGGAUUUGGAAUCUUACACUGCUUGGCUAAAUUAAGACUAAAUAUAAACCAACAGUUUCAUACUGGGGCUUAUGGGCCUCAUAGGAGCACCUGUAUGCUGAAGAAAGGCAAAGAGAGAACUACAGAAUUUGUAGAAACGUUUUGUUGUAGUUGCUUCUGAACAAUUAGUUUUUGUUUGUUUGUUUUGUUUUUCUGGUAACCUAGCAGUCAAAGCUCACAUUUUUGGACAAUGACUCAUUCUUCCCAGGACACUGGUUCUUGUGACAUACAGGAAGAUGGAAAGCUUUAUGUGGUGGAUUCCAUAAAUGACUUAAACAAAUUAAACCUCUGUCCAGCCGGAUCGCAGCAUCUGUUCCCUCUAGAGGACAAAAUCCCAGUCCUUGGCACAAACUCAGGAAAUGGAAGCCGGAGUCUGUUUUUUGUGGGGCUGCUAAUUGUGCUGAUUGUCAGCCUGGCACUGGUUUUUUUCGUGAUAUUUCUAAUAGUUCAAACUGGAAACAAGAUGGAUGAUGUGUCAAGAAGACUAACAGCUGAAGGAAAAGACAUAGAUGAUCUUAAGAGAAUAAACAAUAUGAUUGUAAAGCGACUCAACCAAUUGGACUCUGAACAAAACUAAAGAAAUUAUUUUCUGAGAGCAACUGCUAACACCUUGAGCUUCUUACUUUCCUGGGAGUGUACAGGGUUAGGAACUGAGAAACUGCACUUCUUCAGGCAACAGAUGAUCUGGUCAGGGAACCCACCGCUGGGGCCCACUUUCUGCAGCAAGAUGGAAUCAACCCCAAGGCAAGUGGGUAUGGGAAUAGCAACUAAAAAGGGGUGAACUUGUCUCAGCCCCCUUUUAUGGUAGGACACUUCAUCUUUAAUGGGGUUAAGGGUGGGCGGCUAGCAGGGAGGAGAAUCAACAGAAGGCAAGAGAACUUGACUACGGACAUACAGGUUCUUACCGAAGGAGCUUUGCUACCAGAACAAAUUCACUGUGUCAGUGAAGUUCAUGACAUCUCAUGCACCUUUACAGAUGCCUGGGAAAGCCUGAGAAAUUCAUUGAGUUUUAUGUGUUGAAGGGAACCAGGUGAUUACUCUUUUCAAUAAGAUGGAUUCUGCUCAGGUGAUUAGAAUUUAACUCUAUUUCCCCAGGGACAGCAAUGGGUGGGCCCCAGAGCUAGUUGCUGUCUAGUGUUUGCUGGUGAAAACAUGAGCAGUAGUUAUGGCAUUGGAUCUGGUUAUGUAGGGUUGGAGGUUGAAAGGGAAAGCCUAAUUAAUUCAACUAAUGUUUAUUAAGCUCCUACUCUGUGCAAAUCACUCUACUCUAGAGGAGCUUCCAUAAGAGUGCAGGAUAAAGAAAGGAGAUGGACAGUUAUAUGUAAUUAUAUAAGCUUCGUUUACUUUGUUUCUCAUGAAAAAACCCCUUUGGUACCCUGCUGAUUGAUUUGGAAGAAAUCUGGUAGGUUUGUGGCCUUUGCUAAAUUACGCUAGGAAAUUAUGUAGUUAGAAUAUUUGGAACCUGCAUUAGUUCCAGCAACGAAAGUAAGACACACAGCAUAUAACAUAAGAUACAGCGUGAAAUAAAUGAGUUUAAAAAGCAUACGAGUCUUAGAAAAUCUUUUAUUUAAUAUAAAAAUAUUCUACCAGUCAUGAAGAAUGUAUUAUGAUUUUAUCAUUUUGGGUUGAUCAAAAACAUUUGGGUUUACUAGGACAUUAAACAUUCACUUUAUAACACUAAAUAGUUAAUGAAAUAAACACAUUUUGCUUAUCCA